UGUCUGUCAGUGGUUCUGUUCACAGGGAGAAAAGAGCCUGAACAUUCCUCCUGACACGUUUCUGCAGUCUUCAGGGUGUUGGAUACCUGUUGAAAAAUACUUUUUUAAUUGUCUGUUGAGACUUUUCUGUUGUUUUUAAUAAAACUGGACUGAGCCUGGAGAAGGAGUGCAAGGAGAGUUCUUACCUUAUAGCCACAGGACGCCAAGGAUUUUCAUUUAUUUUCUGAUUUGGUUCUUUCCACAGUCAGACGUAUGUGUCCCCCUCCAACCAUCACAUGGCUCCUCCAAGCCCCAACCACAACAGCAAUAGCAACACCACCACCACCUCCAUCAGCAAUGGCAGCAGCUGCAGCGGCAGUGGGGGAGAGCAGCUGAGCAAAACCAACCUGUACAUCCGCGGACUCCACCCAGGAACCACAGACCAGGAUCUAGUCAAACUCUGCCAGCCGUAUGGAAAAAUCGUGUCCACCAAGGCCAUCUUGGACAAGACCACCAACAAGUGCAAAGGCUAUGGCUUUGUUGACUUUGACAGUCCAGGCUCUGCUCAGAAGGCAGUGACAGCGCUGAAGGCGGGAGGCGUGCAGGCUCAGAUGGCCAAGCAACAAGAGCAGGACCCCACCAACUUAUACAUCUCCAAUCUGCCAAUGUCCAUGGACGAGCAGGAGCUGGAGAACAUGCUGAAGCCCUUCAGCCAGGCCAUUUCCACUCGCAUCCUCCGUGACGCCAACGGGACCAGCAGAGGAGUGGGCUUUGCCAGGAUGGAGUCAACAGAGAAAUGUGAAGCUAUCAUCCAACAUUUCAAUGGAAAAUAUAUCAAGACCCCUCCUGGAGUUCCAGUGCCACCAGAGCCCCUGUUGUGUAAAUUUGCUGAUGGAGGCCAGAAGAAGCGUCAGAGCCAAGGAAAAUAUCUGCAGAACGGCCGGCCCUGGAUGAGAGAUAGCGACACUGGAGGAAUGACCCUGACCUAUGACCCCACCACAGCCUUACAGAAUGGAUUCUACUCCUCUCCAUACAGCAUCGCCCCCAACAGAAUGAUGGGGCCCACCUCCCUCUCCCCAUACAUGCAUUCACCUGUGUCCACCUACCAGGUACACAACCCGUCCUGGCUACAUCACCAGUCCUACAUCAUGCCGCCCACAGGAACCGUCCUGACGCCAGGAAUGGACCACACUAUGUCCAUCCAGCCGACCUCCAUGAUGGGGCCCCUGGCACAGCAGCUCAGCCACCUCUCCAUGGGCAGCAGCGGCACCGUCAGUACAGAGCAGAACCUUUAUCAUUCAUACAUGCCGGCAAACACAUCUAUGCAGGGGACCUACAUCCCCCAGUACACCCAAGUGCCUUCCACCAACAUCUCAGUUGAGGAAAGUGCCAUCCAACCACCUGUUGCCAUAGAGACACCUACAGAACACACAGCCUACACCUACCAGCAUAACAAGUGAAGAGGUGGCAGAGGUCUUCCUCUGGAGCCGGAGUGGCUCUCUCAAGUGCUGAAACUCUGCACAGCGCCUCUGCACGUACAGCACCAGACCAUGGGAGGAACACGGACUGUUACACAGAAAGGACAAACAAAUAUAUAUUUUCUACAAACUCAUAUUUUAAAACAAACUCUUUUACUUCAAACAACCCCGGCUGGAGGAUGGCAGGCAACGGAAGAACAGAACAAGGAUGCAUCUAUUUUGAUAACGGUCAAGAAAAGAGUCAAACACACACACACACACACACACACACACACACACACACAGUAAAUGCUUCAAAGUUUGUGUGAAAGUUAUAUUAUUUUCAAACAAUACUCCGCGGAGUAGAAUGAAUCCAGGAAAACACCAUUUCAACACCAUGUUUUAUUUUGAGUCAUGUUUUUUUCACUUUUUUGUAAGAGAUGCUGAUUUUACUACAUUUGUUUGUCUGAUGCUUUCAGGCUUUGAACCUGCCUUUUUGUACAUAAUUGUUUGUUUUGGAGUGUUUCUUGCUUCAUGUAUCCUAGUUUGAUUGAUGCAAAUGUGUAAAUACAGGGCUCUAUAGGCUAAAUGGAGAAGUAUUUCCAGGAGCUCAUGCUUUAGACGUCAGCAAUUUUAUCAGGUAUGAAACCUUACCUGAGGCGGUCCCGCUUCAUUUUGGCACUUCAAAUAAUUUAUAGUUCCAACAAAUCUCGAUAAAGCUGCAGACAAUCAUGAGAUUACGAAAAGACAACAUUGAGAGAUGAUUUCACAGAAAGACUUCUUGUAAAGAACUAUCUAGAUUAAAAGCAUUCCAGAGAUUAUUCACAGAGGUGAGCUGCUCCACUGAAAUCCAAAGUUUUCUUACAUCUCACACAGAGCUGCCUGUAAAUAAGAGAUUUAAAUGUAUUUAGGCUUUCUCUUGAUCAUCAGAGUAGUAAUGCUUCAGUUCUUUUAAUAACAAUAUUAUACCAAAUUGUCAGAACAAUGCAAUGUAUGUAUUGCUGUGUUUUUUGUUUGAGUGGAAGCUGAUUCUCCACAACAUCCCAAAAAUGUUUCUGAAGCAAGAAUAAGAUGUUGUUAUUAGAGUAUGAAGUUCUUAUGACAUGUACAUGUGGCUCUGUUAUUUCAUCAGAAAACACUAUCACGGUUUAUUAUGGCCGGUUUAAUACUUGCCAUUGUUUUGUGUUUGCAUCUGCUUACUUACUUCUACCUACUUACUGCAUUUCUGUUUUUCACCCUAAUGUUUUUUUUACAUUUCUUAUUUAAAGGUUUUCUUGUUAUGUUUUAAUUCUGUUUUAAUACGUUUAAGAUUUAUCCUAUUUUUCAAAGAAGUUGUGUGUUUAUUUUUGAUAGUGUGUUGUGUGCUUCAAAUAGUGUGAAAUAGAUGUUUUCAACUUUGUUUUUAAAUAGUGAUUUGUUUUUCAGUUUGCAUACUUCUCUUGUUCUGGUGUCAGUGUUCAUGUCAAAGAUGCUUAAAUGUUUUUUAAAGACAUUUCAGUUCUGUCUGUGUUACAAAUGUUGACACUUUGUGACACACUCCUGAUCAUUACAUAUGCUAGGUUCAGAUGCAUUGUUACAGAGAAGUGCCCAAAGCAUUUGGGAACACUGUUAGAGAAAUAUAUGCUCAAUACCUCAACUUACCUCAUCCUGCCAGAGAAACGUAGAUUCAGUUUGUGUACAAGGUUCACAAGCAAUAAACCACAGCAGUAGGUCUCAUGGCUGUUCACAGCUGGUACUGUGUCCACAUCUUUUAACUCUUCCGUCCAGUGUUUGGAAAACAUGCUCAAGGUCUGACGAUCUAUGCAACUAAUUUAUGGUCCUUACUAAUGCAAUACUACAGAUUUCCCUUCCAUCAUAAAAAUGACCACCUCACCAUAUGACUUCACAUUCUGGGCUCACUUCUUAUUUUUGAUAAAAAUGGUUUGCUUUCUGACUGACACAUUCAUGUCAUCAACUUUUAGUAAAAUUGCUGCAUUAAAAGGGAAAUAUUUCAAACCAGAAUCUGGAUGUUGCUUAAAUGACUGUAAAAAGUAGGAACUCCAAGAAAUAUAAAUAUGGCAAGUGUCGUUCAGUUGUCGACCCAAAUGUUAUUUUCCAUGGACCCCAUGAAGAUAUCAUUCACUCCUCCAUCCAGUAGCAUUUUUAAUGUUCAGGUUACAUGUUGAGUUCAAUCUGGUCCAGUGUGUUAAUUUUGCUUUUUGCCUAGUAGGUGACAUGCUGCAUUUCCAGGAGAAAAUUAAACUUCACAGAAAUGCCUUAGAUUAAACUGAAAGGGUUAGCGAAGUGCUACUCAGAUUUGGUGGGCUGUUGGAAAGAGAGUUUGUCAUGUCAAACUUCUCUGAACAUGGAUUCUAUGAAGCAAAAGAGCUACCAUUACAUUUUUAAAUUACUAUCUUGGUUUCCACUGUCAUUCAAUUAUUUGCAACUUAAAUAUUGAAAGUAAAUUUAAUGAUGGUUAAUUAAGUGUAAAUAACUAUUGCUGCUAAUGUCUAAUUGAGUUUUUAAGAAAUGUUUAGGUCAUCACAUUUAUGUCACAUAGGGUCAGUUUGUAACUCAUGUUCAGAUGUGUUUGUGUGUGUGUGUGUGCUUUGUUUGUAUUGUGCAUCAACCGACAUCUUUUCAGUAAAUGUUUUGUCUGUGCCAUGACACAGAUCUUUGUCUCCUUCAAUAAAAUAAAACCCUACAGCUAUUAAACAUUUCACUUUGUGUAAA